GUGUAAUAAAUCAUUGAGCGUUUAUCACUUAGUAUUUGGGUUAUGUUUUCUUCAAUCGUCUUUUCUUAUUCCAAGGACCCUAGUGUUGUAACUAGUUUAUGAGAAAUCAUUGGGAAAACGACAACAUUGCCUUCGGAUGCUUUACCAUACAAGGAUGUACACCAGUACUUCGGUAUUCCUUUUGCUGAACCGCCAGUGGGUGGUUUUUAGAAGGAGCUGGGAGUCAGUAUGACGGUAGUUACAUUGCCGCGGCUGGAAACGUUAUUGUUGUAACUAUCAACUACAGACACGGUGUGUUCGGGUUCCUCAGCACUGGUGAUUACAAUGCUCCUGGAAACGUCGGCCUUUGGGAUCAGCGUAUGGCUUUGCAAUGGGUCCGUGACCAUAUAAGUAGAUUUGGCGGGGAUAAAGAUAGAGUAACUAUAGCUGGUGAAUCCGCUGGUGCAAUGAGUGCUAUUCAACAUGGGCUAACAGACAAAAAUCAUUGACUUUUCAAGAGGAUCAUAGCGCAAAGUGGUAGCAUGUCAAUGCCGGUUCAAGAGUUAGAAAGAGACGCUUUGAAUGACGCUAAAAUUACGGCAAACAGUUUAGGGUGCGAUACUGAUGUCACUAUUACUACAUUGAUGUACUGCUUAAGGAGCAAGUCAGUUAAUGACUAUUUAUCAGCGAUUAAAGAGUUUGGUUAUAUUGUAUAUUUCAGUCCGAUCGUAGAUGGUGAUUUUGUUGAAAUCAAUCCAAAACAUAUCGCAAGAAUGUCAGAACGUCAAAGCUUGGAAGAAGUAGAAUUUUUUCGAUCGAUCGAUAUCCUGAGUGGUUUUAACGCCUAUGAAGGGGUACUGUUUUUGCCUUUUGUGAUACCACCGGACAAGUUAGAAGCCUUGAAGCCAACGCGUGAGAAUAUGACUCUAAAUUAUAUUCCGUCUAUGCUGAAUUAUUUAUAUAAAAUGGAUUUCAAAACUGAAGUAACAAAUCUCGUCGCGGCUCAGUACACGAACUGGAAAGAUCCAAGUGACAGCAACUCAAUUCGCCUUCAGAUAACCAAACUUUUAGGCGAUGUCAGCUACGGUACACCUGCAAUUGAAAUGGCCCGUCUGCAUAAGAAAUCAAACGUUUCUCGAAAUUUUAUGUAUCACUUCACACCAACUCCUUCGCGCCGUUGGAUACCAACACCAAGUUGGAUCCCAGGAGCAACCCAUUCGGAUGAGCUUCUGUUCAUGUUUGGUGGAAUUGGAUAUAUCGGUGUAGGUGAACAAAACGCAUGGGAAAUAGAUCUUGUCAACAAAAUGGUGACAUACUGGACAAAUUUCAUCAAGUCCGGCGAUCCAAACAUUCCGGUCUCUAUUACUCCACGUUGGCUGGAGUACAACUUAAAAUCAGGAGAUUAUUUGGAACUCGAGAAAUUUAUGUCAAACUCAUCUGCUGGUCGGCUAUUCUACGCUGAAGAGGCUAACUUCUGGUUGGAUGUGUUUCCGGCUCUUAUAGAAGCUGUACACAAGGACGGCUCGGAUUGUGAUGAUCCUGUAUAUACCAGCGCCGCUGCUGAAGAUCCGGUUUAUUGGAUGAAGUCACUGAUCAUGGCAAUGCUUUUGCUUCAAUUAAUUCGUCCUUAAUGAUAAAUAUUUGCAAAAAAAUAUGAUUAUAUAAACGUUUUGAAUAAUAUUAGUAUGGAAUCCUGUUUUCUGAGUAAUACACCUAAUUCUGUGCAAGAUAUCCAGAGGUUAAUUUUAAGUGUCAUUUCGCAUUCCGAUAAGACUGAAGACUCGUGAUAGUGAUAUCCUUUUGGGUUUUGGGUUUUGCGUAAUAAAAGAACAGCAUUAAAAAUGCAUUACAUAUAGAUCAAUACUAAAACGACAUGUCCUCAAAAUAUAUUCGGGAAUAGUUUUUCUACUUACAUCUUGUAAAUAUCAAGUAAUUCAUCCCAUAUACAUGAAGUUGGCAUGCCCCAAACUCGCUUACCAACAACUUUCCCCUUCCCCUCCCACUAAACAACCCCCAAGCAGUUCCCUUUACAAGGGUAGCUGACCUUCCAACGCAUUGCUUUUUGUUUCGUCUUUUUCGUACCGUUUUAUAUGUAAUUAUGCAAUGUACAUUGUCUGUAAAGGGUGUAUUUGUUUUGUUUGUCAUUGUAUUUUUGUAAUUAAUGAGGUUAUUAUGACAAUUAUAGAUUAAAACACUGAGACGCAAUUUUAUUGAUAGUAAAAACAGUUUGUUUCAUGCGUGUGUUGUAUUAAGUGUGAACAAUUCAUACAUCUGCCUGCAUUUUCUGUUUGUUUGUUUGUUUGUUUGUUUUUGGGUUUAACGCCUUUUAUAACAUUAUUUCAGUUAUGUAACGACGAGCUUUUAACUUAACCAGUGUUUCUGGAUUCUGUACCAGUAUAAACCUGUAACUCCGCAAGUAACUGCAAACUUCCCCACAUGAAUCAGAGGUAGAAGGCGAAUGAUUUCAGACACAAUGUGUCUGUAUUUGUAUAUAUGAGCCAUGAGAAAACCAACAUAGUGGGUUUGCGACCAGCAUGAACCAAGACCAGCCUGC